AUGAAUGAAAAUGCUGUGGAUAAUCCAAUUGUCAUCCCAUCUGAAGAUGUCAUUUUUACACUACCAAACCAAACAAAUAUUGCAGUUGUUGAACCAUCAGAUAAUGUUGAAAUUGUGAACGAAGAUGCAGUUGACAAUUUUGUGGUGAAUCCAUCUAAAGAUGUCAUUGCUACACCACCAAAUGAUGUUGGUGCUACAGGUAUUUCCAUACUUGCUGCACAAAGAUACAUCGUUGACAUCAAUGGAUUGAGUUAUACAAAAAGCAACCAUUUCACCAUAGUUGUCAAAGUGAUGACACUUUGGGAGGUUCCAGAAGUAUCCAAAAAAAACAAAGUGAAGUCUGUUGAGAGGUGUUUGAUUAAUGCUCAGGGAAGCAAAAUUCAAGCAACCAUUCCUGGAAGAAUUGUGAAAGAUUUUGCAAAUUCUUUCAAAGAAGGUUGUGUUAGAAGAUUAUCAAGAUUUGACACUUUUCUCAUCGUUAGUGGGAGGAUUCAGGUAUACUAA